AUCGUCGCCAUUUUUCCAUUUUCUUGCAAAUUGUCACUGUCAGUGAAAAUUUUCAGCUGGACUUCAAUCAUGAAGAUCUGGGAAGUGUGAAAAGUUGUACAAAAAUGUUAGGUAGAAAACAAAGUCUCAAGGGUGAACCCAUUCUGGCGGACUACGGACCCGAAGAGUCCCUCAAUGAGAGUGCAGACAUUGAAUGGGUGAACAAAUUAUGGGUGAGACGUCUGAUGCGUCUCUGUGCCCUAGUUUCCCUUACAUCAGUCUCCCUGAACACACCCAAGACAUUCGAGCGUCAUCCACCAUUGCAGUAUAUCACCUUUGUCUGUGACACCAUCGUGACCUUUCUCUUUAGUGCCGAAAUGAUCGCCAAGAUGCACAUCAGGGGCGUCUACAAGGGUGAAGUACCCUACCUUAAGGAUCACUGGUGCCAAUUUGACGCAACAAUGGUCACCUUUCUUUGGAUGUCAAUCACCUUGCAAGUAUUUGAAAUACUUGGAAUCGUUCAUGAAUUCUCCUACUUAUCCAUUAUGCGUGCACCCCGACCACUUAUAAUGAUUCGCUUCCUGCGAGUCUUCCUGAAGUUUUCCAUGCCAAAGAGUCGCAUCAAUCAAAUAUUCAAGCGAUCAAGCCAACAGAUUUACAAUGUCACACUGUUCUUCCUAUUCUUCAUGUCCUUAUAUGGACUUCUGGGUGUUCAAUUCUUUGGCGAACUCAAAAAUCACUGUGUGCUCAACACAACGGAAAUUGACACCCUUACAAUCAAUUCCUUGGCCAUUCCGGACACUUUCUGCUCCACCGACGAAGAUUCAGGAUAUCAGUGUCCUGAUGGUAUGAAGUGUAUGAAAAUGGACUUUCUCACGAGUUACGUUCAAGGAUUCAAUGGUUUUGAAGACAUCGCCACUAGUAUUUUUACAGUCUACCAGGCUGCUUCGCAAGAAGGUUGGGUGUUCAUAAUGUACCGAGCAAUUGACUCCCUUCCCGCAUGGCGAGCUGCUUUCUACUUCAGCACCAUGAUCUUCUUCUUGGCAUGGCUCGUGAAGAAUGUCUUCAUAGCCGUUAUUACCGAGACCUUCAAUGAGAUUCGAGUACAAUUCCAGCAAAUGUGGGGCGUUCGUGGACAAAUUCAAAAUAGCACAGCAUCGCAGAUUCUUUCUGGCGACGACACAGGAUGGAAACUUGUCACGAUUGAUGAUAACAAGCAUGGGGGAUUGGCUCCUGAAACUUGCCAUGCUGUACUGCGAUCCCCAUACUUCCGUCUCCUUGUUAUGUCCGUGAUCCUGGCCAAUGGAAUUGUUACAGCAACUAUGCACUUCAGACACGAUGGCCGACCACGGCAGGUCUUCUAUGAGAGAUAUUACUACAUUGAAGUCACAUUUACAUUCUUCCUGGACCUCGAGACACUUUUUAAGAUUUACUGUCUUGGAUGGCGAGGAUACUUCAAACAUUCUAUCCACAAAUUUGAGCUACUUCUUGCCAUCGGAACUACACUUCAUGUCAUUCCUGGACUUUAUCUCUCAGGACUAACAUACUUCCAGGUUUUGCGCGUAGUUCGACUCAUCAAAGCCUCUCCAAUGCUUGAGGGUUUCGUGUAUAAGAUCUUCGGUCCUGGCAAGAAACUCGGUUCACUGAUCAUUUUCACUAUGUGCUUACUGAUCAUCAGUUCCAGCAUAUCAAUGCAACUCUUCUGCUUUCUCUGUGACUUUACCAAGUUUGAAACCUUCCCCGAAGCAUUCAUGUCUAUGUUUCAAAUCUUAACUCAAGAGGCCUGGGUUGAAGUUAUGGAUGAGACCAUGAUUCGUACAAGCAAAACUCUUACACCACUUGUUGCAAUGUACUUCAUACUCUAUCACCUCUUCGUGACUCUGAUUGUGCUCUCGUUGUUCGUCGCAGUUAUCUUGGACAACUUGGAAUUGGAUGAAGAUAUAAAGAAACUGAAGCAACUCAAGUUCAGGGAACAAAGUGCAGAGAUCAAAGAAACUCUCCCAUUUAGAUUGAGAGUUUUCGAAAAAUUUCCAGAUUCACCACAAAUGACAAUUCUCCAUAAGAUUCCGAAUGAUUUUACACUGCCAAAAGUUCGUGAGUCUUUCAUGAAGCACUUUGUCACAGAACUGGAAUCCGAUGAUCCAUCGUUGGUUGAAGGGAUGAUGAAGCAACCGACAUCGGAAUAUUGGGAGUCAAAUAUUGUGUUCAAGAAGCGCAAGCCGGUACGAAUAAUGAACAAAACACCAAAGGUGCGAUCCGUUGGAAGUAGUUUAAGGAAGUUGGCCAUAACUCACAUUAUCAACGAUUCCAACAACCAGAGACUGAUGCUAGGGGAUUCCGCUAUUUUACCGGUAGUAGGCGCUAAAUCCGGCCUAAAACCACAAGGAACUGUAACGCACCAGAAACAAUGGAGGAUGGAUCAGAAGAAAUUCGGUAGUCGUUCUAUUCGUCGCAGUGUUCGUAGUGGUUCGAUCAAGCUGAAGCAAACAUAUGAGCAUUUGAUGGAGAAUGGUGAUAUAGGGGCUGCAUCUAGGGUUUCUUCAUCUAGAGCCAGACCCCAUGAUCUCGACAUCAAGCUUCUUCAAGCAAAGCGUCAGCAAGCUGAGAUGCGACGAAAUCAACGUGAAGAAGAUCUCAGAGAGAAUCAUCCAUUCUUCGAUACUCCCCUAUUCAUUGUGCCAAGAGAAAGUAGAUUCCGAAAAGUAUGCCAAAAAUUAGUUCAUGGCCGGUAUGAUGCACGACUUAAAGAUCCUCUAACGGGAAAGGAGCGUAAAGUUCAGUACAAGAGCCUCCACAACUUCCUCGGUUUAGUCACCUAUCUCGAUUGGGUAAUGAUCUUUGUGACAACACUUUCCUGCAUUUCAAUGAUGUUCGAAACCCCUAGUUAUCGAGUUAUGGAACAUCCUGCUCUUCAGGUUGCUGAGUAUGUUUUCGUCAUCUUUAUGAGUUUGGAAUUGGCUCUGAAGAUCCUCGCAGAUGGAUUGUUUUUCACUCCGAAAGCUUAUAUCAAAGAUGUUGCAUCGGCUCUGGAUGUCUUUAUCUACGUCGUGUCAACGACAUUUCUUUGUUGGAUGCCCAAGCAAGUUCCUAGUAAUUCGGCUGCUCAGCUUCUUAUGAUCCUAAGAUGUGUACGACCAUUGAGGAUCUUUACUCUGGUUCCACACAUGAGAAAGGUGGUUUAUGAGCUUUGCCGAGGCUUCAAAGAAAUCUUGCUUGUAUCGACGCUGUUGAUUCUAUUGAUGUUCGUUUUCGCAAGUUAUGGAGUUCAACUGUAUGGAGGUCGCUUGGCACGUUGCAACGAUCCCACGAUUCUGAAGCGUGAAGAUUGUGUCGGGGUCUUUAUGAGACGCGUAUUCGUUACUAAGAUGAAGCUUACUUUGGGAGUCAAUGAAUCCUAUCCCUCAAUGCUUGUUCCACGAGUAUGGGCUAAUCCUCGGCGCUUCAAUUUCGACAAUAUCGGUGAUGCCAUGCUGGCUCUCUUCGAAGUACUUUCAUUCAAAGGCUGGCUCGAUGUUCGUGAUGUUUUGAUCAAAGCUGUUGGACCUGUUCAUGCGAUCUACAUCCAUAUCUACAUAUUCUUGGGAUGCAUGAUUGGACUGACGCUAUUCGUGGGCGUUGUCAUUGCCAACUACUCAGAGAACAAGGGUACUGCUCUUCUGACUGUUGAUCAAAGAAGAUGGUGCGAUCUCAAGAAGCGUCUAAAGAUCGCUCAACCUCUUCAUUUACCUCCUAGACCCGAUGGUCGAAAAUUCCGAGCUUUUGUCUAUGACAUCACUCAACACAUCGUCUUCAAACGAUGCAUUGCCGUUGUAGUGUUGAUCAACAGUAUGCUUCUUUCGAUAACAUGGAUCAAGAAUGAAGUUCACACUGAACGCUUGGUUAUCGUUAGCACACUUUUGAAUUUCGUCUUCGUAAUCGAAGUAGUAAUGAAGAACAUUGCAUUUACACCUCGUGGAUACUGGCAGUCGAGACGAAAUCGCUAUGAUCUGUUAGUGACUGUUGCAGGAGUUGUAUGGAUCUUCCUACAAACUACACUUCGUAGCCAUUUGUCGUACUUUCUAGGAUUUAUGGUAGUGAUCUUGCGCUUCUUUACGAUCACCGGAAAACAUACCACACUGAAAAUGCUUAUGCUUACUGUUGGAGUGUCUGUAUGCAAAUCUUUCUUCAUUAUCUUCGGAAUGUUUCUUCUUGUUUUCUUCUACGCUCUGGCUGGAACCAUUCUCUUCGGGACAGUCAAGUACGGGGAGGGUAUUGGGAGGAGGGCAAACUUUGGUUCACCUGUUACGGGGGUAGCCAUGCUCUUUAGGAUCGUUACAGGGGAAGAUUGGAAUAAGAUUAUGCACGACUGCAUGGUUCAACCACCUUACUGUACUCCUGCAGGAAACUACUGGGAGACCGAUUGUGGAAACUUCACGGCAAGUCUUAUCUACUUCUGCACCUUCUAUGUCAUCAUUACUUAUAUUGUUCUGAACCUCCUAGUGGCUAUUAUCAUGGAGAACUUUUCCCUGUUCUACUCAAAUGAAGAAGACGCGCUACUAUCCUACGCGGAUAUUCGCAACUUCCAGAACACUUGGAAUGUUGUGGACAUUCAUCAGAGGGGUGUAAUCCCUGUGAGACGAGUUAAAUUCAUACUGAGACUUCUCAAGGGGCGCCUGGAGUGCGAUCCUCAGAAGGAUCGCCUCCUCUUCAAGUACAUGUGCUACGAACUGGACAAGUUACACAAUGGAGAAGACGUAACAUUCCACGAUGUCAUUAAUAUGCUAUCGUACAGAUCUGUGGACAUUCGCAAAGCCCUACAACUUGAGGAAUUGCUGGCCAGAGAGGAAUUCGAGUACAUCAUUGAGGAAGAAGUAGCUAAACAGACCAUUCGCACUUGGCUGGAGGGAUGUCUUAAGAAGAUACGCACACAGAAUAUUGCCAAACAACAGAAUUCCCUACUAGCUGGGCUAAGAGCCACAAAUGAAGCCCCUAAACCUGAUUCAACAGAAGAUAAAACCACAAAGGAGCCCCAAGACAGUGAACAAGAUUCCAAAGAUGCCGAGACCCUUCGAUUACGCAAGAAAUCCCAAAAUGUCCUCAAUAGAUCGGAUUCAACGGGAAGUGCUAGUGGGAGAAAAUUUUUGGCACCUACCUUGUCUGAUCCACAGGCCAGGAAUGAUAAGGAGCGCUUCUCCAACAGCAAAAAGAAGACACCACGUCCGCAGGCUACCACGAAGAACAAUCUGCCCUUCCUCAAUGAAUUCACCCACAAUCAGGCACAGAUUGUGGGGCCCACGAACCAGCUGAACCUGGUGUAUGAAGUUCAGGGGUGGUUCCAAGAGCAAGUAUGCUGCACCGUGAGCAGCGAUGAAGAGGAGUAGGGGGAGCAGGAAGCAGAGGAAAACGGAAAAAUAGGUGUAUUACGUGCUAUGUUAGAGAAUGUUAACACACUUUACCUGUAUUGAAUGUUAGAGAUGAAUAUAUUCAUGUUUAAUAGCACAAA